GUCUAGCUUCUGGCAGGCUGACCUCUGCCUGCCAUCCCCCGCCUCUGCCUCCAGGCUCCUGGCCUGCGGUCGGUCCCAGGAGCCAUGGACCCCAGAGAAUUCUGGGGAAAGAGCACCAAGUUCUGGCUUUGCCUCAUCCUGCUCUUCGCUGUACUUCUGGGCUUCUAUAGCAAUGUUUUCAGCCUGAUCUCCACUUGGCAGAGAGAAGAGUCUCAAAGCCAGGAUACACACAGCGUGGUUCUGCAGCGGAUGCAGCUGGAGAAAAAGGAGUCCAGUGAACGUGACUGUCACCUGGACACCUGCAGGAUACCUGAAGUACCCAGGUUGGUUUACCCCAAGGCCCAGCUCCUCAAGCCCACGAGAGUGGACGUGCUGGUCAUGACUCCCUGGUUUGCACCCAUCAUCUGGGAUGGGACCUUUGACUCUGCCAUCUUGGAUGCACAGUUCAGAAACAUCACCGUUGGGCUGACCGUGUUUGCCAUCAAAAAAUACGUGGUCUUCCUGAAGCUCUUCCUGGAGACGGCCGAGAAGCACUUCAUGGUGGGACACAAGGUCAACUACUACGUCUUCACCGACCAGCCGGCGAACGUGCCCCAGAUCCCCCUCCAGGAAGGGAGGCAGGUGGUGGUCCUCGAGGUCCGAAACUACAAACGCUGGCAGGACAUAUCCAUGCACCGGAUGGAGAUGAUCAGCAACUUCUCCCAGCAGCGCUUCCUCCGCGAGGUCCAUUACCUGGUGUGCUUGGACGUGGACAUGAAGUUCAGCGACCAUGUGGGCGUGGAGAUCCUGGCACCGCUCUUCGGGACCCUCCAUCCUGGUUUCUACAGGGGUGAUCGCCAGUCCUUCACCUAUGAACGCCGGCCCUUGUCUCAGGCCUACAUUCCGAGAGAUGAGGGUGAUUUCUACUAUGCGGGAGGCUUUUUUGGGGGGUCGGUCCCUGAGGUUUACCGGCUCACCAUGGCCUGUCACCAGGCGAUGAUGGCCGACCAGGCCAACGGCAUCGAGGCCGUGUGGCACGAUGAGAGCCACCUGAACAGGUACCUGCUGUACCACAAGCCCAGCAAGGUGCUGUCCCCCGAGUACCUGUGGGAUGAGCACAUGCUGCGGAGACCACCUUUACUCAGGAAACUUCGAUACGUGGCUGUGCCCAAGAACCACGCAGAGAUUCGGAACCGAUGAGAACACACUUCCCAAGAGAGCCCACGUUAUCAGGCUGUAGCACAUGUCAGUGGUUCUGCUGUCUUGAUAAGGGAUUGGCCAAAGAUUUGAUGACGUGGAUGAGGCCAUCUCUUUGUUUCCUCCUCUGGAGGGUCUUCCAUCACUCACCAAACAAACCCAGCUCUGGGUUUUCAUUCCCUCCAAAUCCUGCAUUCUCUUUAAAUGUGACUGAUCCUUCAAGGUCUCUACAAGGUCACCUUCUUAUGAAGCUUUCUUUGGUUCUCGCUUCUUCCUGUGGUUGAAGUGAAUUGCUCUUCCCUCUGCAUUUCCAUAAAGUACUAAGUGUAUUCUUUGGCUAUGUCUGCCAUUCUGCCUACAUUACCCAUUGGUCUUGCCCAUUACAAUGUGAGCUCCUGACGGCAGAGGCCAAGUACAUACCUCAGUGCCUGAUGCCCAGGGACUCUCAAAACUGUUCACAUUUAAAUUUAAGGAACUCUUUUUUUUUUUUAGCUGUGCAGCCCAGCUUGUGGGAUCUUAGUUCCCUGACCAGGGAUUGAACCUGGGCUCUUGACAGUGAAAGCGCGGAGUCCUAACCACUGGACAGCCAGGGAAUUCCCUAAAUUUAAGGAACUCUUAAAAGCCUAUUUUACCAUGUCCUGAGACAGCAGGAGAGGCCCAGCCUGAAAGCACUUCCUAGGUUUGGUUUGCUUGUGUUGCUAGCUUGUUGCUUUGGAUUGUUUGUCUUUUUCUUAUUGAUUUGUAGGUGUCUGUUACAUAUUUUGGAUGCUAGUACCUUUAUCAGACACAUGUUAAAAAUAGCUUCUUCCAGUUUUUAUGUUGCCAUUUCAACUCUUUUAAUGUAGGUAAAUUUAAGAAAUCAUCCCCUGCUUUGAAAUCAUGAAGAUAGCCUCCUAUGUUAUCCUCCAAAAGCCUUAUGUUUUUGCCUCACACUUAGGUCUUUAAUCUACUGAAAUUGACUUGUGUGUGGUUUUAAUGUAAAGGCCCAUUUUAACUUUUCUUUCUCUGGAUAACCAUUAUCCGAGCACCAUUUAUUGAAAGUGUGUUCGAAAACUUAUUGAAAAGUUCUUUCCCCUACUGAUUUGCAAUAUCAUCAGUCACAUAGUAUCAAGUGUCCCUAUGUGCCUAGGUUUAUUUUGGGGUUCUCUAGUCUGUGUUCCAUUGGUCUGUUUGUCUAUCCUUAUGGCAAUAACACAUCAUCUUAGUUACUCUAGGUUUAUAAAUAAAUCUUCGUAUCUGAUUGGGUAAGUCCUCCCACAUGGUUUCUCAAGAGUAUCUUGACUGCUCUUGGCCUGUUGCAUUUCCAUCUAACUUUUAAACUCUUUUGUCAAAUUGCACAAAGGAGCCUUCUGUUUUUUUGUUUUUUAAAGACUUAAAGACUUAAGUCUUUAAGACUUAACCACUUAAAGACUUAAAGUCUUUAAGACUUAACCACUUAAAAGACUUAAAGAUUUUAAAAUCUUUAAAGACUUAAAGAUUUUUAAAAUCUGUUUUUCUCAACAUUUUAUUUUGAAAAUUUUAAAGCAUACAAAAAAUUUAAAGGAAUUGCACAGUGAAUAUUCACAUACCUAUCACCUAGAUUCUACCACUAACAUUUUGCUCUGUGUUAUGAUUGUACCACUCAUCUGCCUAUUCAUGCCUCCGUUCAUCCAACUCAGGGAAACACAUUUCCUGUUUCUUCCUACGUCUACUCAUUCUUCAUUGUCUCCUAGACAUUGUGAUGAUUCAUUGUGGAGACAUAUUCUGUUAGAUUCUUUAGGAAAAGUUUAAUUCUUUUGUUUUAGGAGUCAGUAACUUGGGUGGCUUCAAAUGUCAAGCUCUCUCUCGUCUGUGGUGGGCCGCAGCUCAAGUCUCUGUUAUUCUUUCAGGGUCAGUUUGGUGGCUUGAAGUCUACCCCACCCAUGAGUAGUUUACAGAUCAGCCAAAGACUUGGGCUGAGUUUAUACACAGAAUUCAGGGCUCCUUCUCUCUGGCUGUCUCAUUUCUGGUAUUUCCCCCUGCAGUUUCCAGCUGCCGUGAUUACCCCAAACUUGUCCCCUUGUUCUUCAAACCAGUAAGAAGUGAAUCUUUUUCUUUACUGAGUUUUAGCUGUUGCUGAUGGGCAUGUGGCCUCGGACUAACAACUGUACGUAAAAGGAAUCUCUCCUAGUGCAGAUCUCUUCUUCCAAGUGAAGACUCCCUUCCAAAUCUUCACCUUUUGUCACUUUCUAGAGGCUUCAGGUAGUUUUGUAAAAAAGUGUAUAUUUUGGCCAAAGUUUACAGUUGUCAUAUGCAAGAGGGUGAGUCGUCUAUAAGGUACUUGUCCACUACUGAAAGCAGAACCUCCUAAUUUCCUUUGAUAUACAGUGCCCAUGGUUAGUAAGUUCAUUUCUAGGCAUUUAAUGGUUUUUAUGGCUAUUGUGAAUGUAUGUUUUAUUCCUAUUACCAGGGGUCAGUCCACUUUUCUGCAAAGGGCCAAAUAGUGAAUGUUUUAGGGCUUAUGGGUCAUGCAGUGCCUGUCAUAACUAUUUAACUCUGUCACUAUCGUGCGAAAGCAGCCGUAAGUAGUACGUGAACAAAUGAGUGCAGCUGUGUUCAAAUAAAAAUUUAUUUCUGAAAACAGGCAGUGGGAUAGAUUUGGCCCACAGGCCGUAGUUUGCUGGUCACUGCUAUCACAUUUGCUAAUUAGUUACUGCUGGCAUAUAGUGUAUGAGAAAGCUACUUAUUAUAAUCCAGUGUCUAUAUCAUGCAUCUGGUUAUGUUAUUAAAAUCUUUUGUAAGUCUUAGCUGGCUUUUUUCUACUUGAUUCUCUUGAAAUUUCUA